UAACGCCGUGCAGUGUUAUCGAAGUUUACAUCUGUUUCAAGCACAACCCUUCUUAUCCACCUACCUUUCAUUGGCUCAGACUCAGGGUCAGGCUCCCUGCACACUAUGCUCAAGUCAGCACCCCGAACGACUCUAUCAUACAUCAACGUACCCAUCCAUUUCACUGCUGGCCAAUUCCGCGGAGGAUGCGUGCGUGCUGAGCUCGUCGAGAUACAAAAAGCAGACCUUGGGCGAAAGUAUGCUCGCGUAGACAGACGCCCUCUCGACCCACCACCAGUGGUUCAACUCAGACUGUAUCACAUACACAAUGAGGGUACUGAACAUGAAUCCGAACGAGAAGUUCAAGACUACGACAACAUACAAUGUCUUGGAUUACUAUGCAACGUCGACUUGUUUCCAGUGCCCACUCAACCCGAUGACUCAUCGGAGUCAGGCUCCCUGCCCCGUCUCCCGCGCCAACUUUCGCCAGUAGUGCAACCCAUUCACCCCUCCAACAACUACCCACUACCUUCGAUCUUGUCCACUGAUCGAUUUCCUCCCUCAACCAGUUCGAGUAGGAUUCUCGUGUCAGAUGCUAAGCUUCCCCUCCCUCCUAAUGUCCAUCCCGAUUCAUUCCAAAUUUCCGAAAACCUGAAAUGCACUGCUGCACUCUCGGGUGCCACUUUCGUGCAGCCAGCUUGUAUAGACUAUGAAGGCAAGAAGGCUCUUGUCUUUCCAUUUUCUGACCUUGCGGUAAAAAUUGAAGGCGACUUCUUCCUCCGCUAUCGUAUUUUCGAUCUCUUUGCGCGCACUGCAAGUCUAGCAGAUAUACCAGUGCAGGCUGAGUGCCACGGCGGUCCAUUCCGCAUAUAUUCAACCAAGGAAUUUCCUGGUUUACAACCUUCGACAGAGUUGUCCAAGCAACUCUCCAGAUAUGGUGUACGACUCAAUACCCGCGAGACGGAGCGCAAGCGCAAGAAAAAGGCUUCCGAAAGUAGCGCCAUCCCAACUCGAGCAAGCAAACGCAAAGCCACAAGGAUUCUGCGGAGCGAGAGCGAGUGUGAUUGAGUUUGCUGUAAUUACGGAUCAGGACGACUACGUUCAACGGACUUGGCAUUUUCAUUUGGUUUUCUCCCGCGAAAAUUUUAUUAUAUCU